AGGUGCAGCUCUGGCCGGGGCACGCGCGCGGCUCCCCGGCGGGGGCCCGCCGCAGUCCGUGGACUACGGCGGGGAGCCCUCCGACAGCAGCGGAACUGCUGAUGAUCUUCCACCACCAUAUCCAAACAGUAGGGGUAUUAGAGGCAGUGGACGUGUCAGUGGUAAUGGAAGAGCUAUUGUUACUGCCGGUUCAUACACUAGAGUCCAUACUGAUAUGGCAACGCAAAUCCAUCACCUUGAACAAGAAGCAUAUUGCUCAGUUCUUCGUGCAUUUAAAGCCCAGUCUGACGCCAUUACAUGGGAGAAAGAAGGUCUCAUAACAGAACUUCGGAAAGAGCUGAGGGUAUCUGACGAAGACCACAGGGAGCUACUAAACCGGGUUAACAGUGAUGAUAUUAUCCGUAGCAUAAGGGAAUGGAGAUCCGCAGGAGGGCCUCAAGCAAUGCUACCCAGUAAUCCUCAGCCUAUACAUGAUCUGGUGCCUAGCCCUACCACCUCUAGCCGUAAGAGGCAAAAGACAUCUCAAUCCUUUCCGGUCCUGCCUGCACCGCCUCCCGUUAUGCAUUCACAGCAGCUGGCUUUACAAGCACCACCGUCAUCUUCAACAGCUAAAAAAGGAGCUUCAUCAGGAACUAAAGGCAAAAAGGCAAAACCUGGUCAGAAGGUGCCAGGGGGCCCUUCAGUCAAGGCCAUGACAUCUUCAGCAGGUCCUAGUGGAAGGGGACCACAUAUGAAUAGAAACUUUCCUGUUGGCAUUGCUUCUUUUGAACCUUCUGAAGCCCUGCGUAUUAAUCCAUUAAUUAACCGUAAAGUCAUGAGUCGGUGGCCUGAAGAUAACAGUUUCUAUGAAGCAACUAUAACUGAUUAUAAUCCAGCAACGGAUCUUUAUGCGUUGGCUUAUGACAUUAAUACAGCUAAUGAAUCGUGGGAGUGGGUUGAUCUUAAACAGAUGGGACCUGAAGACAUAAGAUGGCAAGGUGAUGACCCUGGGAUAUAUCAGGGUGGCCGAGGUGCUCCAGGUAGUGGAGGUAAGAAAACAUCUAGCCGAGGUGGACCAACACCAGGUAUAGGAAGGGGGAGGGGAGUCCCAAAGCAUGGGUCCCGGAAGGAUUUUCCACCUUCACAAAAUGGAGUUGGCAAGAGAAGUUCUGAUGAUAUUGAUAUACUUCAUACCGAGAGCCUUAUAAAAGAGGUGGAGAGGGUUUUUAGUGUUAACAAUCCUGAUCCACUGGAGGUAGAGAAAGCAAAGAAAGCGCUCAAGGAGCAAGAGCAAUCUUUGAUUGAAGCCAUAGCAAGGCUUGCUGAGGCAUCUGAUGGUGAAAGUGAUGAGCACAAUCGCGUGCGAAGGAACGCGCCAUAUGCUGGGAACCAGCAUCAAGCAAACCAUGCAGACGCUAUGGCUGUUGAUGGUGGUCACAUGGUUGGAGGCGCUGAUGCCGUGUAAACAUUUGCUGGAACAUGCAUACAGAAUUUGAUCAGAUCAGAGCACUGCCUGUUGUAAAAUCAUACCACUGAAACCUGUUCUGAAAUUAGCUCUAGGCCUAUUUUAUAUUUAUCUUGGAGAAUGCGAAUGCUGUUUUGUAGAAAAUUUAACAUCCUGACCAUGUAAAAUAUCCACAUGUGGUGCUAACUUUCGUGAUGCUUUUGUCUUCUCUUGCCAAGUUAAUGGAUAAUAUCAUUUUGUGCA